ACUCUCUUUUAGCAGCCAUGAACAUCAGUGCAGAUCUUUCGUUGUCUCAAAAAGCCCAAUAUCUGCGAACUCUCCCUGCCGUUCGCGAACGUUGUGCGCGCGUGUUCGAUCUCGCAAAGCAAGGGAAGCUUCAAUACUUUGAUUAUCAUGCGGACAAAGAGGGAGUUAUCACGGAGUUUUGCAGCGGGAUCAUUGCGCGUGAUUUCGGAACGAAUUACGAUAAGGUGCCCCCUCAUGGACGAAUUAGCCAUUGCAAUAUCGGACGAGAUCGAAUCACACCUUUGCUCCAGCAAUGGACUACUUCAGUCGGUACUAAAGAGGCAUGCAAGCGUCUCGUCGACCUUUUGGUGACCUCUACUCUUCUUGAUGCCGGCGCAGGCAAAGACUGGGCCUACACGGAGCAAUCCACGGGAGAACGAUAUUCGCGAUCUGAAGGCUUGGCCGUUUGCUGCUUACACAUGUUCACGGAGGGGUAUUUCUCAAGCAAUCUAGAGCAGCCGCACCAAGUCGAUGCGGGGGCUUUGUUCAAGGUCACCGUCGACUCAAUGGCGAAGCAUAUGCAGGUCGAUGCGACCAAUCCCCUUGUCGGUCUCGACGGCCGUACUUCCCUGCUUAUCAAUUUAUCCAAAGCUCUUAACACCAGUCCUAAUUUUUUCGGGCCCGACGGACGGCCGGGGAACAUGCUCGAUUUCUUGGAAUCUGAAUCAAUUGUCGAAGGAUCUAUUCGAAAAGUUCCACUUGCCGCGCUUUGGCAAGUUCUGAUCGACGGACUCAAUCCCGUCUGGCCUGCGUCGCGUACAACCCUUGCCGGUGUUUCUUUAGGUGACGUCUGGCCUUGCCCUGCCCUUAAACCUACUGCGUCUGCAGAAGCAGAUGAUCUAGUUCCCUUCCACAAACUCACACAAUGGAUGACGUAUUCCGUCAUUGAGGCAAUUGAAACGGUGAUGAAGUGGGACAUUGUCGGCAAGGAGGACAUGACGGGAUUGCCUGAAUAUCGCAAUGGCGGCCUCUUGAUCGAUCUGGGUGUCGUUACACUUAAGCCAGGUGUCCUGCCAACGGACCCGGUCUCUCUAUUGCCCAAAGCCGCAGCUUCGCAUCCGGCGGUGGUGGAAUGGCGCGCUCUCACUGUUAUUAUCCUGGAUAGAAUUGCCGAUAACAUUCGUGUCAAGUUGGGUCUCACGCCUGAUCAACUUAAUCUGGCCCAGGUCCUGGAGGGUGCGACUUGGAAGGGUGGGCGAGAGAUAGCGAAACAAAAGCGUCCCGAAACCGGAGGUCCACCACUUGACAUCGAGAGUGACGGGACAGUGUUUUGAGACGGCAUUGAAGACCUAACUUGAAGAAAUAACAAUGAUUACCUUACAGA